GGUGCAGCAAGAGAGGAGGGAGAGGAAUGUAUUUUUUCUGUGUGAGACGCCGGCACUACCUCACACUGCUCCUUACCACCUGUCCUUGACUUAGUGAGCACGGGCGGGACAGAGAGGAGGCGACACUGCUCACUCUUCCUCCAACAGCUUUUCUGUCUGUUUAUCUACCAGCAGUCUUUGUUAAACAAUUCCCUCUGUGGCUGUUUUUUCUCCUACAUGUGGUGUUUUGGUGCAGAAGUGAAAGACGGGAACGUUUAUCCUCGGCCAGUGAGAGCUCUGAUGGGAGGCAGCUUUGACUCUGGCUGGGACUGGGGAUGCUGAACGGAGGGAGGGAGGGCCUGUUUGAGCUGGGACAGCAGCUCCAGCAGCAGGGGGAGUACCAGGCUGCCCUCCACUGCUUCCUCAGCUGCCUGUUGGGACUGACCCAUGUACAGAGCUUCACCUCUCUGCCCAACUGCCUGCACCAGAUUGCUGAACUCUUCAUCACUGAAAAGAACUAUGGGAAGGCCCUCCAGUUCAUCCAGGCUGAAAAAAUGUUCUAUGAAGUGGCGUUGAUCGAGCUCACCGCUCUUCAGGGAAGCUCAGGGCCUCAAGAUGAGGCCACUCUGGGUUCUGCAGGAUGGACAACCCCAGAGGAACUUUCAGAGCAGGCCUCUCAAGCGCAGCACCUCGAACGGCUGGCUCAGCUCUGCAUCAUGAGCAAACAACCUCAUCUUGCCCUAGAAUACAGUGGCAAGGCUACGAAGAUUCACCAGAGGACCUUCGGCAAUGACCAUCCAAUAACAGCCAGAAGUCUGGAGCUCAUGGCCACUGUCUACGCUGAAAUCGGGAGGACUGAAUAUUCAGAUUCUCUGGGCCAGUGUGUGUCGGCAUUGUCUAAACGCUUCGCUGCUGCAGAGUCCCUCAGAGACACCGUCAACUGUCUUCCUCAUUCCCACCGAGAGAAAAUUUCUCAGGUGCGUCAUAGAAAAGACGGCCACCACCAACAGGAGGACACAUUGAAACCUAAGGUAACCAGUGGAAAAGUCCCCACCUCCAUUCUAAAAAGGCCCAACUGUGGGUCAGACACAGAACCAAACCACAGGCGGAAAAGUGAGCGCAGGGUUCGAUUCAGGGAGCCCGAGACCACAGUACAUGAUAUUUACUGUGACCCUUUAGGUGCCUAUGAGACGACGCCGGCCCGCCCCCAUCUUGCCCUGUUCACCUGUCUCUUCCUACUGAUGUCAUUCCUUGGCGUGGCGAUGUACUGCACCGAUCGCCGGCGGCCACAGAGAGCAUGUGAAGAGUUGGAGGCCGCUUUGGCCGUCUACCUGGUGCACAUGAAGCAGCUCCUGUAUGGCUGCUGGAUAUGGCUGACCAUGCAGUGACUGUGACAGACCACAGCUGGAGACAUGGAGCUUAUCUUUUUAAAUAUGUUUUUUCCUUUCUUUUUAUUUUUGAAGGUAUCCAGGCCCACAAAAUGCUCAGCCAUGUUGCAAGGCUCUGCAAUGGGGCCUCUCCCCUACUAAAAAGGAAAUAUGUGUAAUCCCGGACACAUGUAGCUUUCAUGUCUGUAUGUAUAUAAAUCUAUAUAUGCACUACAGUUUGGAAAUACCACUUCAUAUGUAAGUUGUGAAAUAUCUUGCACAUUUGCAUUGAUAAUGCUCACAUAAUCCCCACAAUGAUUUGAUUCUUCAGGUCAGGUUAAAGUCUGUUGCCUGUGAGUGGAUGCAAAUAUUUAUUUUACUACCGAACAUUAAUUGUGUAUGUUAUAUAUCACAAACAUCUGAAUGUGUAUAUAUGUCUCAAUAUACUAAGGUCUAUCACUAUCAGUAUCAGCCUUGUAAUUCCAUAUUAAAGAAUGUAGAGAUGUUUGAAAAUGUUGCAGCAGUCCACAUCUGCAGGGCAAAGGUUAUUGGGCACUGAUCUAUUAGAGCGUGAAAACAGGGCUACAUCACUUCACAGUACGAGGUUAAAUGAGAUGAAAAACACAUGAUUCCUUCUUGACUGUCUGUUGCUUCCAGGGUAUAAAAUCUGUAGCACAUUAUCCUUAAUCAGAGAGAAUAUACUCAAACUCUAAUGCCUUGCAAAAGCCUUUUCAUGUCCUUUUCUGUCAUGCUUUAGCUGUUUUUAGGAUUUAAAGUGGCUCACUAACACAAGCUAAUGCAAAAUUGUGAAGUGGAGUGAAAAAGGUGCAGCAUGCAUUGGUUGGAGUGGUUUCAAGAGUGUCAGGCUGAAUACUAAUGAGGUCAAAUGUAUGUCUCACCUUUCCAUGUGUUAAGCUUGUUUUUCUCUGAUGUUCCUAGUUUUCUUUAUGGGCAUCAGAGUAAAAGAGGGUGAACACAUACAUGCACAUUUAUGACACAGAUUUGAGUGUAUUCACCUCCUUUUACUUUGGUUCCCCUCAAAUAAAACCGAGUGCAACCAAUUACAAACUGACUCUCAUUUUUUAGAUUUGUACGUAUAAAAGAAAAUUGCAAACCAUGUAUCUGUUGUCAUCCACUUUACAAUUAUCCUCAAUUUUUGUUGGUCUGUCACAUAAAAUCUGAAGAAAAAAACAUUAAAGUUUGUGGCUGUACAGUGACAGAAUGUUUGGAGGAGUGUGAAUACUUUUGCAAGGCACCGUAAAUGAAGGCUGACAGUUUUAAUAAAUGUUCCCCUCUAAACUGCCUGAUACACCUCACCUUCGAAACCCACGUGUUAUAUAUAUGUCUGUCUUCUACUGUUUGUCUGCAUCAACGCAAGAAACUAUAAAUUUGCUUUUACUGUUAUUUUUCAUUAUUUUGUCACCUUUCUAUUUGCUGUUAGAUUUGGUUUAACUGUGACUUCAAACUCCCAUUUAUAUUUGGACGAGAAGAAAAAGCCGAAACAAUUGAGGAUAAACACAGAGAUGUAUAAUAUAUAUAUAUAUAUAUGUGUAUAUAUUUAUUGUGGCUAUGAGUUAUAUAUGAGUCCCUUUAUCGAAUGAAGCAGAAAUUUCAGAAAAACAGCCAAACUUGCACACAAAUGGGCUAUAUAGAAAUUAAAGGGCAGAGUGAUGCACAUACCUCUUGUUAUGAGCAAUAACACACAGCACAGUUUUCAUUAGAACAGUGCUCUCUGCAUGACAGGUUUCAGGGAUAUCAACAUGAUUGUGUCUGAUUGUGGAGAUCUCACAUUUGAAUUUUUAAGCAAUAUAUGGCAAAGCAAUGCCUGCACACAGGAAAAAAAAAAAAAACACCCACAGCUCCAUACUGUCAAACUAAAUUGUCAUUAGCAAUAAAAGGAUUCCCAGUAAACUCAUGUGCUUUGUAUCCACACUUAGCUGCUUUUUACUGCUGUCUGAACAUUUAUGGUCACUUUGAGAGAAGUGCCUUUACAGAGGGUUGUCUUGGUUCCUGUUUUAUGAUUUCAGUUGUUUUGAAUAAAACUGUCAUUGCCUAUCAAAGUUA